CUACUUUUAUAUUAUGAAGUAUACAGAGCUAAAUCUAAUCCCUUAUACCAACUUAAAUGGUUUAAACACAAAUAUGCUCCUGACUAGGACAGACAAUGCAUAAACCUGAACAGGCAUGCACUGAGCUGACCGGGUAGUUACUCUAGAGCGGUGGGCCGUUUGAUUUUGGGACCGGGGAGCCUGUGCUGACAGGAAGUGGCUGUUCAUCAUUUGACCAAUCACACCAAGAGCAGUCCGGGAUGACGGAGUCCGCAGAGAGGAACUGGACAGGACUCUCCCCCACUAGCAUCGACUCUGUUUGUAGCGACGUUAGCUCUGUCAUUAAGUUAGUAGUCCAGCCUUCUUACGGCCAGCUGGACGCACAAAACCAGCGAAGGUCUGACAUUCUUUUCUACGACACAGAGCAGUAGAGCAGCAGGUAUACCACGUAACAUUUUGGCUGGAAGAUAUCGGUGGAGAUGUGUAAUAAGCUGCAUUGGACACUAAGGACUUACCUGGCUGCCAGUCUGUCAACUGACAGCUGUCAUCACACCUAGCUGCUUAAGCUAGCUGGCUAGGUGAGAUAACGGCUAACAAGUGUUUUUUUUUCGGGCUCGUAGCCUGGCUAAUUUAGCCAGCCUGUGCUGCUCUCGGUUCACGGUGGAAAGCGGCGACUUCCGCAUGAACGUUAUAUCUUAUUAUUUUCUCCACAAUAUUUGACUCCGCCUGCUGUUCAAACUAUGAGUUAGCCGAAGAGCGUUGGACAGCGGUGUUGGAAUAUUUUGAGGUCCAGCUAGUUAGCUAGCAUUUAGCUUAAGCUAGCUGGCUGCUUUCAUUCAAUUCUUGAAAAAACUGCUAACGCGUUAUCACCAGCACCUCAGCGAACAGGGACUGGUCAUAUCCGAUCAUAAUUGUUGCUACCUUGCUAAUACAUUUUGGACUUGAACGUGUUUUGUAUACCUCGGGGGAGAAAUGAAGAAAUUUUUUGAUUCUCGACGGGAGUUGGUGAGCUCCGGGCCUGGCUCCGGAGUCGGUGGAGGAGGCGCUGGUUCCGGCGGCGGUGGCAGCUUCAUCGGACGGGUCUUCACCAUUGGACGUUAUCAAGUGACCGUCGAGGAAAUUGUCGCAGAAGGAGGUUUUGCCAUAGUUUUUUUGGUGCGAACUCAUCAAGGAGUACGUUGUGCUCUUAAAAGAAUGUAUGUCAACAACGAGCAUGAUCUGCAAAUCUGCAAACUUGAGAUACAGAUUAUGAGGGACCUAGUUGGCAACAAAAACAUAGUUGGUUUCCUGGACUCCAGUAUAACAGCAGUUGGAGCUGGCGAUGUGUGGGAAGUCCUAAUCUUAAUGGACUUCUGUCGAGGUGGGCAGGUGGUUAACUUAAUGAACCAGCGGUUACAGACAGGCUUCACUGAAGCUGAGGUCUUACAGAUCUUUUGUGAUACGUGCGAGGCGGUCACUCGUCUCCACCAGUGCAAGACUCCAAUCAUUCAUCGAGAUCUCAAGGUGGAAAAUAUUCUUCUGCACGACCGGGGACACUACGUGCUGUGUGAUUUUGGAAGUGCCACUAACCGCUUCCAAAACCCUCAGACAGAGGGGGUGCCAGUGGUGGAGGAGGAAAUCAAAAAGUACACUACACUGUCAUACCGGGCACCAGAGAUGGUCAACCUCUACGGUGGAAAGAUAAUCACAACAAAGGCAGACAUUUGGGCCAUGGGUUGUCUGCUCUAUAAGCUGUGCUACUUCACACUCCCUUUUGGGGAGAGUCAAGUGGCAAUCUGUGACGGAAGUUUCACCAUCCCAGACAACUCCCGCUACUCCCACGACAUGCACUGUCUAAUCAGAUACAUGCUGGAACCUGACCCAGAUAAGAGACCAGACAUCUACCAAAUAUCCUACUUUGCCUUUAAACUGGCUCGACGGGAGUGUCCAGUCCCAAAUGUACAUAAUUCACCUAUUCCUGCAAAACUUCCUGAGCCUAUCAGAGCUAGUGAAGCAGUGGCCAAAAAGAGUCAAACCAAAGCCAGGCUCACAGACCCCAUUCCUACCAUGGAAACCUCAAUUGCACCUCGGCAACGGCCCAAGGCUGGCCAGGCUCAGCCCCAGCAGAUAUCAGGAAUUCUUCCCAUCCAGCCAGCUCUCACCCCACGCAAGAGACCCAAUGUGGCUGCCGGAGCACCCCAGGCCAUAGGUGUUGGUAUCAAUGUCCCACCUGCAGCUGCUGUCCAACCUGCUCAGCAGGCUCCUGCUGGCCAGACUGCACCACAGCCAGCUCACACCGCCAACAUGCAACCACAGACUACACCACAGCAUCAGCAGCUCCUCAUGAAGCAGCAGCAAGCCUCAGCCUUCUUAAGCCCACAGAGUAACCAGCAGCAUCAACUGGUGCAGAGUCUCCACCAGCAGCAACAACAGCAAACAGCAUCUCAGGCGUUUUCCCUUCUGCAGUCCAAAGCUAUGCCUGUUCCUCCGGUUAUUACCCUGCAACCACAACACCUGCAGCAGCAUGUAGCUCAUGUCCAUGAAACGGCAGCUUAUCAUCUGAUCCCCAUCCCUGAGUUUGCGGUUGUUGAUCCUGACGAUGACCCAGAGACUUUGACGACUGGCAGAGUGAUUCAUAAAGUCGGCUCAUUGACGCCCCCCUCGUCGCCAAAGAUGGCCCCCAAGAGCGGCCACAGACGCAUCCUGAGCGAUGUUACUCACAGUGCUGUGUUUGGGGUCCCGGUCAGCAAAUCCACCCAGCUACUCCAGGCAGCCGCAGCUGAGGCCAGCCUCAACAAGUCCAAAUCAGCCAGCACUACUCCGUCUGGUUCCCCCUGCUCAUCCCAGCAGAGUGUGUAUCAUCCAGGUGAUGGUGACGCCCAAACAGCCUUUACUGCACCUACCACUCAACCCAGCUGGAACCCCUUUGGGGAUGAUAACUUCUCCAAGCUAACGGCAGAGGAGCUGCUUAACAAAGACUUUGCAAAGCUAGCUGAGACUGCUGCACCAGGAGAGAUGGUCAUGGGAUCCAGUGAAAAUCUCAUUCCAGGGCUCAAUGCUUUUCCAGAGAAGCUGAUUGAGGGACUGAAGUCCCCUGAAACUUCUCUGCUGCACCCUGACCUUUUAACCCUGGCUGACCCCUUCAAUAGUUCUGCAGAGAGCUCCACCAAUGCCAAGGCAGAGGUGUGUGUGGAUUCACUGAUUCCUGGUCUGGAAGCCCCCCAGGCCCAACGACAUUCAGGCCAGCCAGAGCUCAUCCCUGCCAGCAUGCCAGACUCUCUCACCGGGGAGGACUCUUUGCUCGGCUGUGAUCUGUUGUCACAUACUGCACCUCAUGGAAACCAGUCUGUUUCUGCUCUCCCUUCCUCCUCCUGCUCCUCUGCUCCUCCUGGCUCCGGCUCGGGAUCCUGUCUGGAGGAGCUGCCGCCUGGUCAGACAGCUUCCGACUCUGCUUUCCUCAUGUCGUGUGGGGAGAAGGGCAAUGAUGACGAGUUUGACCCUAUUCCUGUGCUCAUCUCCAAAAACUCUAAUCAAGGUGGUCACUCGCGCAGCAACAGUGGCAGUUCAGAGUCCAGCAUCCCCAACUUGGCCCGCUCCCUUCUGCUGGUGGAUCAGCUCAUCGACCUCUAGAGGGGGUGGGAGAGGUCGAAGGGGCAGUGUGCAAUCCUAACAAAGGGAGGGAGGGUGGGGAUAGAGAUGGAGAAGCCGAGGCACUUAAUGUAGCACGUUAUAAAGUGAAACAGAGGAGCCAGCACAGAUCGGUUCAGUGGAACCUUUCUUUUGAUGUGCGUCCUUGGCCUCAGCUCCAUCUCUAGUUGCCCGAUAUGCUGGUUUCAUUAUAUCUCUGCUGGCUGUUGACACCCACGCUGGAAAAAAGUCUUCUCAUUAAUGCCUGAGCAUAUCGCCUGCUUCUGUCCUGGCUACACCAGUCCUCCUCAUGCUUUCCUCAUACUUGCAUUAAUAUCCCUCAUUGAGUGCACUGCCAUGGUGAUCGACUGUCAUCACCUGCACUUGUUAAACUGCUUGAUCACAGCUGCAUUGUGUUUCACUUUGUGCACUCGUUCAGGGUUGAAGCUUUAUUUAAACAAGCCACAUGCAGGCAUGCUCAUUUGUGUUGGGUCUGACUAAAGAGUGAGGAGUCAGAAUGCUAUAAAGACCUCCAGGAUAAUGAUGCACUUUCCUGUGAAAGCUUUGAACUAUGAACUAUUGAUCAAACAAAGAUGCACCCUGAGGGAACCACUGAGCUGUUUACACUGAUUGAACCAGUCUGUAAAGCUAAAAUGCUCGCUCUGUGCUGUACUUACAGGUUUCUGUAACUCUUGUGGUUUGCUAUUGUGCAAAAAGAAUUAGUAAAUUAGGCCUCAUUCAGACCAAAUCAGAUGUUGCAGCAAAGACAUGCCAUUCCUCCCAUUCAUUUUGGGUGUUGGCAGUGCAUUUACGCUGCAGUGGUGUGGACUGCAGGGGUUGCUGUUAAAAAAAACUUAGAAGUAGUAACAAAAUGGAGAAAAGAAUAAUGGUGUCAUGCUAUGAUGGCAAAUCACACAUGUAGGCGAUCAGGUCAACAGUAUUGUUGUUCAAGAUGUUUACACUGAAUUUGUAAAAUUAAACUAUAAAUAUAGCCUAGUAUAGUGUUGACAAAGAUAUCGAAAUAUCGAUACUGAACAUUUGAAACAGUUUCAAUACUCAUUUUCCACAGUGUCAAUACUGUAAUUAAUAUCAAUAUAUUUUUAAGGUGUAUCAAAGCUAAUAAUUCCAUUUUCAUGACAGUAGCCUAGUACUAUAAUACUGAGGCACACAUAACAUACAAAUGUGAUCCAGGUGCUCAAAGACAGUUUGCCAACCUUUUGCCAAUGUCUGAUGGAUAGUGAGCAAGCUAAAUAUCUGGUUGAGUCACUGACAGGCCGGGGAGCCAGGAAAGCUACAGCAAUGAGACAUGAACCCAGUUUUAUCAUGCAUCUGUGUAUAUGGAGCGGGCUCAAUAAUAGCUUAUAGUUUGAGUUUCAGUAUUUGUCAUGGUGUCGUCCUAUUCAAGAUGGCAGUCAUACUUUUUCAGUGGGGAAUAUUCCUUGCUGUCCGCACCUCUAAAUCCAUCCUCUCACCCAUAUUCUUUUCCUUUCCUUGAUGUUGUUUCGCUGCAACUCGGUGCUAAAACAAUGUUCCGUCUAUGUUCCGUAGUGUGUUAAACCAUCGACAGCUAGACUCCAUAUCACAAGACAGAAAGUUGCAUAUUGUGGACAGCACAAACCCUGACAGUCGUUGAGAUUGUCCGAGGCAUAAGUUGCUUGUUGCCUCUGACAAUAUGCUGCUCUGCAAACUUGUUGAUGUUGACGGACCACGGACCAUGUUUUGUCCUCACAAAUCUGUGCUUAUUACUGCAACGCCUGAUUUGGUCUGAAUAAAACCUUUGGUUGUCUUUUUCUAAAAUUUUGCACCACCUAAGGAAGACAGAUCUGGUCAAUUCUGUGCUACCAAUUCCCCAGACAGUAUCCAUUUAUUUAACAGCCAAUUAUCUAAACUAACAGUAAAUGAGAGCUGCAGCUUCAGCUUAAUUGUAGAUAGGUCUUUCUGGAUGUUAAGCAGGGUAUUAUUUCUCCUCAAACUCAUCAGUCGUGGUGAUGUGCUGAAAUCCUUAAACUGGUGAUGUCAGUGUUAACACGGCUGAUUCAUUCAGCUCCAUUGCCACAGCAGGAUGCUUUCACUGUCAGCAUUAUCUCCAACAGUUUGAAAUGGUAUGAACUCAUCAUAUCUUUGACCCACUGGUAAUAUAGGCACUGCAGAAACAAAAGGAAAUCAAAUGAUUAGAUGUGAAGCCAUGCCAAAGUUAAAAGAAAGUGAUUAUGGUAUGUUCACAGUGUGUCAGUCUGCUCUCAGGGUGAGGUGAAGAUGAGCAGAUUUUAGCAGCUGUAACAGAGAGGGUGUAGAUUUCAGUGUAGAUAAUGUGCUAAUAAGCUUUACAUGAAAAUCUCCUUUUUCCUUUUUUUUUGUCAUCCCCAUUGUUUGAUCUAUCCAGUCUAUUCCUCUCACACAUGUUGAGGUCACAUUAAUCUCAGCCAGAGGAGAGAUUGAAAAAAACGUCUUUAUUUGUACAUAAAAUCACUAUUAUUUUGGUUUUAUUUUUCUUGUCAGCACUGUUAAAUGUAGAUUUGUUUUUCUAGUGUGUGAUAUUUAAAAGCAUUUCAUCUAUCAUGGUGUGAAUAAUUGUGACUAUUACUGUAUGGAUAGUGCUUUAGAAUGAAUGUAUGAAAAAUGUAAAAAUGUACAAGGAUAUAUAGUUAAAAAAGAAUAUUUGUGUAUGAAGCUGUAUUUAAGAGUGUCGACCCAAGUCCCUCUGUCUUUUCUCUUCAUUCAUUGUCAGUUAUUCAGCUAGUACUUCUCAUCGAUUCAUGAAACAAAGUGCUUAUGACUUACCUGACUGGGUAGUGUUUUUAUCUCUCCCUGCAGUUCUUUACAUAAUUCUGAUACGUGUGUCAGAAUAUAUAUACGUGUGUCUGUAUAUAUUACUGAGAUAAAUUUAAUCCAGCGGGCAGCAAAACGGAGCUAAUGACGGAAGUUAUUUCCUGAAAUCUCUAGCACCUUUCACCACUUUCACUGAUCAUGGAGCUUAUAUGACUUGAAACAACUGCAUAAGUUAUGUAUGACUUCGCAUUAAGUCUUUACUGUCAAAAAUCCAGCCAACUUUGAUUCUGGCAUUCUCUAGCCAACAAAGACAUAAAUCCCUUUUUAAGGUUAAUAUCUCCUUGGAUAUUAGACUGUACACUUCAGUCGGAGCAUAAAUAGGUUCCUCCUUCCAGAGUGACAUUGUAAAAGUUAGUCAUAGACAUCGACAUUCUAUAAGAACUGGCAUGGGUAAUUAAAACUAUGCUUUUUUUCUUUCCAUCUGAUGUUGUUCAGUUAAGUCAUUUGCAAUUUUGUGGCUAAUCUAUGCAAUCCUACAGUAACGCUUCAUGUUCUUAUCAGACACUACAGUGCUGUAGAUUUCUCGCCUUGGCUGUAGAGUUUGACUUGUGUUGCUGUGUGAAACCGAUGUACUUGUUGUGCUGGUUGGGUUGAUGUGGUGGCAGGUAUAAAAAAACAAAAAAAAAGACUUUGAUUAUAUCAAAACAUUUGACAUGAUUUGUCAAAGCAGGACUAUUAUGGAUUGUGUACUUCUAUUUUUAUGGAUUGAGGUUCAAAAAAGAGAGAGACAGAAAUAAAACUCAUCAAUGUGAAUGUAAA